AUGAGAAUCCACACAGGAGAGAAGCCUUUCGGUUGUGAUCGAUGCGGAAAAAGAUUUAGCCAAAAGUCUAAUUUAAAUAUACAUGUGAGAAUCCAUACAGGCCAAAAGCCUUUCUGUUGUGAUCUAUGUGAACAAAGAUUUAGCCACAAAUCACAUUUAACCACACACAUGAGAACCCAUACAGGACAGACACCUUUUUGUUGUGAUAUAUGUGGACAAAGAUUUAGCUAUAAAUCAAAUUUAAGCACACACAUGAAAAUCCAUACCGGACAGAAGCCUUUCUGUUGUGAUCUAUGUGGACAAAAAUUUAGCCAAAAAACUAAUUUAAACUCACACAUGAGAAUCCAUACAGGACAGAAGCCUUUCUGUUGUGAUAUAUGUGGACAGAGAUUUAGCCAAAGAGCAAAUUUAAACACACACAUGAGAAUCCAUACAGGACAGAGACCUUUUUGUUGUGAUCUCUGUGGAAAAAGAUUUAACUUUAAAUCAAAUUUAAAAGCACACACGAGAAUCCAUACAGGACAGAAGCCUUUCUGUUGUGAUCUAUGUGGACAAAGAUUUAAUGAAAGAGGAACCUUCAACGCACACAUGAGAAUUCAUACAGGACAGAAACCUUUCUCUUGUGAUAUAUGUGGAAAGAAAUUUCGCCAAAAAUCACAGUUAAACACGCAUGUGAUUAUCCAUACAGGAGAGAAACCUUUCUGUUGUGAUCUAUGUGGACAACGAUUUAACAAAAAAGGAACUUUAAAUGCACACAAGAAAAUCCAUACAGGACAGAAGCCUUUCUGUUGUGAUCUAUGUGGACGAAGAUUUAGCCGUAAAGCACAUUUAAACUCCCAUAUGAGAAUCCAUACAGGAGGGGAGAUAGCUAUGCUGUGAAUAUUAACUCAAACCUUACCACUAGGCCCACUCUCCUAGGUAGUGAGAUUUGUAAGUAGUACCAUUUACCCUUUCACAUAUUGCACAACUUGGUCAUAAACGUGGAUAAGUGGCCUUUUGCUAUUCCUGCCUUUCUGGUCUACUGCAAAUGGUGUGAUUCAAAAGUUUUAAAUCAAAGAAAGCACUAAAAGCCAUGCCCAGGA